AUGUUCUUUGGAGUUCUUUAUCCACCACUUGCAAUAAAUGCAGCUCUACAGUUUAAACAGAUUUUCAAAUAUGGAAUUCUUCCUGCAACUGUUGUUUUCGGACUUAUCGGUUCAUUCUUUAACUUCAUCAUUACUGCUUUGAGCCUGUGGCUUGUCCACGAGUUUGGUCUUAUGGGAAUGAAAGACCAUAAUGUUAAACCAAUCGCUUUUGCUCUAUUUUCGAGUCUUAUUUGUUCCACCGAUCUUGUUAUUGUCUUUGGUCUUCUUGGAAAGUUAAAAGUUCAUCCAUUUCUUUAUCUCCUCUUUGUUGGUGAGUCUUUAGUUAAUGAUGGAGUGUCUUUAAGCUUAUUUGGAAUGACCAAUAAUGCAGCAAACUCGCAUAUCGAUUGCGUCGAAAACCUGGGCGUCUUGCCAUGGCUCUGUCUUGUUCUCUUCUCAUUUUCUCUUCAGUUAAUGUUUUCAAUAAUAACGGGACUUAUUUUUGGCUGUAUAUCAAGCAUUGUGACCAGAUGGACAACACAUGAAACGACACUGGAGCCUGUUAUAGUUUUCUGUCUUUGCUAUACCGGUUACAUAAUUACUUAUAUUUGUUCCUGGCCGGCCACAUUUUAUCUUAUUUUCUUCUGCACCAUCCUUUCUUCAUUCACAUUUCAAAAUAUUUCCCAUAAAUCCGUAAUUACGAUCCAACAUUUUGCUCAAAUGACUGGUGCAGUUGCUGAUUCAUUAAUUUUUCUCUAUGUCGGCUUUUCUAUAGCAACCCAUGAGAUUGUCUGGCAUACAGGAUUUAUCGUCUGGACAACAUUUUUCAGCAUAUUCUGGAGGUUUGUCUUCAUUUUCAUAGCCUCAUUUCUUAACAAUUAUUUCCUCUGGACAAGGCAGAAAAUCUCCAUAGGAAUGAUGUUCUUCAUAUCCUAUGGCGGAUUCAAAGGUAGUGUCGCUCACGCCCUGGUUGAGAUAAUCUCUCCAAAAACUGCUCUAGCUAUAGGAAUCCCCUUGUCAAUCCUACGAUGCACCGUAGUGUUCAUUAAUCUCUUCUACGUUCUCUUUAUUGGACUCACAAUGACGCCUCUACUGAGAAUUUACGAGUUUCUCUCAUCGGAGACUGGGAAAUUGAGUCUGUUUGAGACACUUAAUGAUCGAGUCAUUCAGUCGGCAUGCAACGCAAUAGCCGAUGUGGUGGGACAUAAUCAUGGAAUAAUGAGAACAGCGUUUGUCAAGUUUUAUAAAAGGUACCUUCGUCCGCUUUUGCUUCGUGACCCCCGAGAGCACAAUGAAAUCACAGACGUUUAUGCAGACAUUGCUCUUGCCCUUCACCACGCUUCCGUUGCCAAAGAUCGUCACUCGGUCCACUUUCAUCUCCGUCGUUUACGUCCACAAUUGAAGAAAGCCUUCUACUAUCAACAACAGAACUCCAUUCCACAUAAUGAGACUGGCCGCCUUCUAAAACCGUUGCAUAAUGUACACUUACACCACAUUCAACUUAUCACCGAUUCAGGCUUGGAUUCAAACCACCACCAACAACAUGACCACUCAUCUGAAGCACCCAAAGAUAGUAUGAUUUCUGAUUCCAGCCCGGAAGUUGUGCACAAUAUUGAAAGUAAUUUAUUUCCAAAAAGUGAGAAUUGGGAACCAAGCCAUUCAAUAACAACCGUACCGAGAAGGAGGAAGAGAAAUUGCUGUGGAUAUGAUUUGGUAUCUUCAGAUUCAGAUUCCGCUUCCUUGGACGACUUGGCAGAGGAUUGUGUGAAAUCAUCUUCAUCUUCUAGUGAACGUCGACGCCACGAUAAAGAUGAUGGACUAUUCCGAGAGCUUCUUUCAAGGCAUAAUCAACACACGUAUGCGUUCGACGAGAGCGCUUUUGCUGAACAGGUUCAGGCCUCCAUCCAAAGCAAACAUCGUGCACUUAAACUACACCAUUUCUGA